CAGAAUAAUUAUCGCGCGCACCCCGCCUCCAGUUAUUGUCACCCCCAACUCCCCCUCACCCACCCACACACCAUGUCCGCCCCCGACAAGACGAACGGCACCGAGCAGGUCUCCGCCGAGAGCAUGACCUCGCGCGACUACUACGCCGACUCCUACGCGCACUUCGGUAUUCACGAGGAGAUGCUCAAGGACCAGGUCCGCACCAUGUCGUACCGCAACAGCAUCAUCCAGAACAAGCACCUGUUCAAGGACAAGGUGGUGCUUGACGUCGGCUGCGGCACCGGUAUCCUGUCCAUGUUCGCUGCGUCGGCCGGCGCCAAGCUCGUCAUCGGUGUCGACAUGAGCAACAUCCUCGACCAGGCGCAGAAGAUUAUCGACGCCAACGGCUUCCACGACAAGAUCGUGCUCCUCAAGGGCAAGCUUGAGGACAUCGAGCUGCCGGUCAAGGAGGUUGACAUCAUCAUCUCGGAGUGGAUGGGAUACUUCCUCCUGUACGAGAGCAUGUUGGACACCGUGCUUCUCGCGCGCGACAAGUAUCUUGCCCCCAACGGCCUCCUCUUCCCCGACAAGGCAACGAUCUACCUCGCCGCCAUCGAGGACCAGGAGUACAAGGAGGAGAAGAUCAACUUCUGGGACGACGUGUACGGCUUCGACUACAGCUGCAUCAAGGACAUUGCGCUGCGCGAGCCGCUGGUCGACUGCGUCGAGCUCAAGAGCGUCGUCUCGCAGCCCUGCGCGAUCAAGCACAUCGACAUCAGCACCGUCACGAAGGAGGACUUGGCAUUCACCGUUCCGUUCCAGCUCAAAGCGACGCGCAACGACUACGUGCACGCCUUCCUCGGCUGGUUCGACAUCCAGUUCUCGGCGUGCCACAAGCCCAUCCAGUUCUCCACUGGGCCACAGGCAAAGUACACGCACUGGAAGCAGACUGUGUUCUACACCCCGGAGACGCUUACGGUUUCGGAGGGCGAUGUGAUCAAGGGCCAGCUCAAGUGCGCUCCCAACGCCCGCAACAACCGCGACCUGGAUAUUGAGAUCGAGUACGAGGUGGAGGGCUCCGAGGCGGUCAAGGGCCAGAUGACUUACAAGAUGUCUUAAUCUUUUCACUCUUGCUGCCGAUGCCUCUCUUCAUCUGCAUUCUCAACACUCCAUCACGCCAACAGGUACUAGUGCCUCUGACCCUUGUCCUUCUAGACAUGCAUUGUACGAUACCCCGAG